GCGGAGGUCUGUGGCCCUUGCCGUCCCAGUGGCCGCCGCCGUCGCUUGGCCGCCGUCGGUCUGCGGGAGGCGGGUUAUGGCGGCGGCGGCAGUGGGAGCUGUGAAUGAAUUCUCCGGGUGGACGAGGGAAGAAGAAAGGCUCCGGCGGCCCCAGCAGCCCGGUGCCUCCCAGGCCUCCGCCCCCCUGCCUGGCCCGCUCCCGUCCCGCCCCCAAGCCGGCCCCUCCGCCCCAAUCGCCGCAUAAGCGGAACCUGUACUACUUCUCCUACCCGCUGUUCGUAGGCUUCGCGCUGCUGCGCCUGGUCGCCUUCCACCUGGGGCUCCUCUUCGUGUGGCUCUGCCAGCGCUUCUCCCGCGCCCUCAUGGCCGCCAAGAGGAGCUCCGGGGCCGCGCCGGCCUCGGCGUCGCCCCCGGCACCGGUGCCAGGCGGGGAGGCCGAGCGCGUCCGAGCGUUCCACAAACAGGCCUUCGAGUACAUCUCCGUCGCCCUGCGCAUCGAUGAGGACGAGAAAGUAGGACAAAAGGACCAAGCUGUGGAAUGGUAUAAGAAGGGUAUUGAAGAACUAGAAAAAGGAAUAGCCGUCGUCGUUACAGGACAAGGUGAACAGUGUGAAAGAGCUAGACGCCUUCAGGCUAAAAUGAUGACUAAUUUAGUGAUGGCCAAGGACCGUUUACAACUAUUAGAGAAGCUGCAACCAAGUUUGCAAUUUUCCAAGUCACAAACGGACGUCUAUAAUGACAGUACUAACUUGACAUGCCGUAAUGGACAUCUCCAGUCAGAAAGUGGAGCUGUUCCAAAAAGAAAAGAUCCGUUAACACAUGCUAGUAAUUCACUGCCUCGUUCAAAAACAGUUAUGAAAACUGGACCCACAGGUCUUUCAGGCCACCAUAGAGCACCUAGUUGCAGUGGUUUAUCCAUGGUUUCUGGCGUGAGACAAGGACCUGGUUCUGCAGCUGCCACUUAUAAGAGUACACCAAAAACAAAUAGAACAAAUAAACCUUCUACCCCUACAACUGCUGCUCGUAAAAAGAAAGACCUGAAGAAUUUUAGGAAUGUGGACAGCAACCUUGCUAACCUUAUAAUGAAUGAAAUUGUGGACAACGGAACAGCUGUUAAAUUUGAUGAUAUAGCUGGUCAAGAGCUGGCAAAACAAGCAUUGCAAGAAAUUGUUAUUCUUCCUUCUCUGAGACCUGAGUUGUUCACAGGGCUUAGGGCUCCUGCCAGAGGAUUGUUACUCUUUGGUCCACCUGGAAAUGGGAAAACAAUGCUGGCUAAAGCAGUAGCUGCAGAAUCUAAUGCAACCUUCUUUAAUAUAAGUGCUGCAAGUUUAACUUCAAAAUAUGUGGGAGAAGGAGAGAAAUUGGUGAGAGCUCUUUUUGCUGUGGCUCGAGAACUUCAACCUUCCAUAAUUUUUAUAGAUGAAGUUGAUAGUCUUUUGUGUGAAAGAAGAGAAGGAGAACAUGAUGCUAGCAGACGUCUAAAAACUGAAUUUCUAAUAGAAUUUGAUGGUGUACAGUCUGCUGGAGAUGACCGAGUGCUUGUAAUGGGUGCAACUAACAGGCCACAAGAGCUUGAUGAAGCUGUUCUCAGGCGUUUUACCAAACGGGUUUAUGUGUCUUUGCCAAAUGAAGAGACACGACUACUUUUAUUAAAAAAUCUAUUAUGUAAACAAGGAAGCCCAUUGACCCAAAAAGAACUAGCUCAACUUGCUAGAAUGACAGAUGGAUACUCAGGCAGUGAUCUAACAGCUUUGGCUAAGGAUGCAGCACUGGGUCCUAUCCGAGAACUGAAACCAGAACAAGUGAAGAAUAUGUCUGCCAGUGAGAUGAGAAAUAUUCGAUUAUCUGACUUCACCGAAUCCUUAAAAAAGAUAAAACGCAGUGUGAGCCCUCAAACGUUAGAAGCAUACAUACGUUGGAACAAGGACUUUGGAGAUACCACUGUGUAAGCCUGCAGAAUAUUUACUUUUCAAGAGAAAAACAUACCAUCUUCGAUGAAUAGUUUUAUCAGCUACGGAAAGUCAGCCUAAGUUUACAGGACUUUUCAGAGUCUUACAAUUACUUGUGCACCCCAGAAGAUGAACCAUAAAAUAAAUUUAAAUAAAGUAUACAAUGC